UUCAACUGCCAAACAACCUCCAAAGAAAACCUUAAAUCUUUGUGUUGGGAAACUGUGGAAUACAACACUCUGCUCCAACAAUCACAGUCCCUUAUAGCAACAGUCAAUAACCUGCUGUCUCAAUUACUCUCAUCCAACUCUCCAGAAAUGCCAGAUGUGGUUUCCUAUAUGAAAACUCUACAACCUGAUUUCAAGAAAUACACUAAAAUGUAUUUAUGAAGAAGAGAUACCCUGCCACUCAUAUUUUGGUUAUCUUGUUGUCUGAUGAGAGACGGAAGGCAAAGCCAUAUGCUCUCCCUGUACAGUAKGUACCCUUCCAUUCCUUUAAAGACCAGUACAUCAGGGACAUCACAAACAAAAUCAAGAAUGCUAUGGUAUCCAUGGGGCUGAAACCAGUUGGAACAGUGACAGAUGGGGAGUUCAGCUCUCUGAGAACACAGGGGGAAACAAGGCCAUUGCAUUUAGUUCAAAUUGUACAUGAUGCAAGGGAAAGUGUUAGCAGACAAAGUCAAGAUACUCUUUUGUUAAUGCUUAUCAAAGUUGGAGAAGAUGCUCUGGGUAGACCUAUUGUUCAGAAACCAAACAAGUACAUCCCUGAUUCUAUUGUAAAUGAGCUUCACCACUUAAUUCACAACU